GUCUUCUGAAGCUGCAAUAUAUUUUUCGCCUAACUACGGAGAGUUAUCAGUUGGACAUACGAGUUGUGAAGAGUAUCGCUAAUGCUUCUGAUGCUAAUAAUUUCCUCCGGUCUAUAGAAACUGAGGACAGACAAAGUGUCAAACGUGUUGUUUUAGACUGCAGCGCUGCUACGGCAAAAACUAUCAUCUAUAAUCAUGUACAUGACAUCCAUAUGGGCCGUCGGAAUUAUCAUUACCUCCUCACCAGCUUGGUUAUGGACGAAUUUUUCAACACAGACACGCCGGAAUUUGGAGCAAUAAACAUCACAGGAUUUCGAAUGCUACAAACACAGAAUUCUGAAUACAGAAAACUCCUAAAAAAGUGGAAGUUUCUGGACUCGGAUGUUUGGCCAGGAGCGGGUACAAACUAUUUAUCUGUAAGUGUUCUGUUUAAUGUUCUUCGUAAUCCUAUAGACUCAGAGAAGGUAAACGUGAUUAGUGUUCUUCGUAAUCCUACAGACUCAGAGAAGGUAAAUGUAAUUACUGUUCUUUGUAAUCCUAUAGACUCAGAGAAGGUAAACGUGAUUAGUGUUCUUCGUAAUCCUACAGACUUAGAGAAGACGGAAAUUGUGGGAUUAACCGGAAAUAUUUCCUUUUCUGAAGAUGGUUUCCGGAAAAACUUUACCAUUGACAUAGUUGAAAUGAACGUGGAUAGUGAAAUGGUCAAAAUAGCUGAAUUUUCCGACACUCGGGGAUUAGAAUUUGAUCCUACUGUUAACGGAGAAAACCUGGAGAAUGGAAUAGAAAACAAAACAUACAUUGUAACAAGUAUUCUGGAAGAACCAUACUUGAUGUACAGCAAACCUGAACCUGGUGAGAUUUUAGAGGGAAACAACAUUUUCGAGGGCUAUAGUAAAGAUCUUGCUGACUUGAUAGCAGAAAAACUGAAGAUAAACUAUGUAUUAAAACUCGUUAAUGACUCUAAUUACGGAGGGCAGGAUCCUAGUUCUCCGGCUGGUUGGAACGGAAUGGUUGGAGAACUUAUUCGAAAGGAGGCGGACAUGGCUAUUGCUCCUUUGACGAUUACGUCUGCCAGAGAAAGGGUAAUAGACUUUACCAAACCUUACAUGUCUCUGGGUAUUAGCAUCAUGAUAAAAAAACCGAUGAAGAAGAAACCGGGAGUAUUUUCUUUUCUAAACCCACUUUCCAAAAAGAUCUGGAUGUGCAUUAUCUUAGCUUAUUUGGGAGUUUCAGUUGUCUUGUUCUUAGUCAGUCGAUUCUCUCCUGUAGAAUGGCGCUUUGAAGAGGCUUUCCUGGGUCCGUCUGUUUCGAAUGAUUUCUCUUUAAUGAACAGUCUUUGGUUUUCAUUAGGAGCUUUCAUGCAGCAGGGCUGCGAUGUCUGCCCAAGGUCUGUCGCUGGUCGGAUCGUAGGCAGCGUAUGGUGGUUUUUUACACUGAUAAUUAUAUCCUCGUACACGGCCAACUUGGCAGCUUUCCUUACCGUUGAGAGAAUGGUGACUCCCAUUAACUCUGCAGACGAUUUAUCGAGGCAGACCGAAGUCGAAUAUGGAACUCUGCGAUUUUCUUCUACGCAAGAAUUUUUCAAAAGAUCUAAGAUAGCAGUUUAUGCCAGAAUGUGGGAAUUCAUGAACUCUAGAAAACACGUAUUCACAUCUUCAUACGAUGAAGGAGUUAAACGAGUGAGAGAGUCAAAAGGAAAGUAUGCUUUUCUACUGGAGUCCACUACCAACGAUUACAUCAACGAACGGCAGCCAUGUGAUACCAUGAAAGUUGGGAGAAACCUUGAUGCUAAAGGUUUUGGAGUAGGCACACCUCUCGGCUCUGGUUUAAGGGACCGUUUAAACUUAGCAGUGCUGUCUUUAACAGAAAAUGGAGACUUGGCUAGAUUAAAGAAUAAGUGGUGGUAUGACCGGAGCGAGUGCAGCAGCAAUACGGGGAAGGAUUCGUCUCAAAACGAGCUGACGUUAAGUAACGUGGCAGGUUGUUUCUAUAUUCUUAUUGGCGGUUUAGUGUGGGCGAUGGUAGUUGCCUUGUUGGAUUUCUGCUAUAAGGCGCGUGCAGAAGCCACUAGAGCAAAGAUGAGCAUGAUGGAGGCGAUGAAGGUGAAACUAAGGAGUUCUAUCACAGGCAUGCACCAGCACGAGCGAGGAAGGUUUUAUACGCCUGCGCCGUCUCAACUGAUCACCGUCGAUGGAAUGGCAGAUAACAUCAACCAAAAUACACACACUCAAGUGUGACGAUAACCAGUGACAUCAUCAGGCUAGAAGAUGGCCCUUUUCACCGAUAACAGAAAUUAACCUUUUAGAUGAUCGACAAUUUACAUGAAGUAAUUAAGUAUGUGAAAGAUUCUUUUAAUCUAAUAAAAAGUGAGUGAAAUGUUUUACAACAAAUUACAUAAACAUUUAAAAGUCGGAAUCGGAGAAUU